AUGCAGCUCAACGCGGAUAUCCUCCUUGUCAGUGCGCAGGCUGUCUCGAUUGCCGCAAGCGCUUCUGAUGAAUACUCUCUAGCCGCCAAUGCUCGUGUCGAAUGCCCCGGUGCUCCCGCCCUGGACAAGCGAUCCACCGAGUCGCCUGGCUGCAAACUGAUGAAUGGCGGCGAUUACGUGGCACGGGCCUCGUGCAAGGAGGGCAGGAUCACUGCUGAUGACUACAAUGAGGGUGACUAUUGGUGCUGGAUGACCCACGAGACUGAUGACAACUGGGCCAUCUGUGAUCCUGAUAGCAAAAGCACCCCGCUUGGCCCCUGUGCCGCUGCUGGGCGGCCUCACGGAGGAUGCAACAAAUAA